ACCAAUUAACUGUAGGACUUGCUCCUGAUUGGAGGAGAGCAGUGUACUCGGCGUGUGGGCAGCCGAGUUGGGAUUGGCGGAGGAGGACUAUAAAGGAGGAGAGAGACGGCAUGCACCGGGAACAUCUAUGGGGAACAUCUAAGGGAACCCGUGCAGCCCCCGAGAGAACCGGCCGGUGGUGUGCCGCUCCCCUGCGGAAGUGGGGAAUGUGGCCAGGGGGAACUGCCCUUCCACGGAGGUGGAAGGGAUAGUAGCCAACCCGGGAAGAACCAGCAGCAAACCCGGGGAGGGCCGAGCAGACGAAAGAACAGCGCAGGGUCCUGUGUCGUUCCUCCACGAAGAGGGGGAGCGACAUAAUGGUGCCGUGACUCGGAUAUGAAGCCUAGGCAGGGUUUAGUGUCGUUCCUCCACGAAGAGGGGGAGCGACAGUAAAUAUCUGUGGAAUGAACUGCCCGCUGGGGUGGGGACCCUGGUGGGAAGAAUAGGUGCCUCUUGUACUGGGACCCUUGGGCUGGGACAAAGAGAGGCCUUGGGUGACUGUGACCAGGCCCUGCAAUGAUGCUGGGAAAAUGUGCCUCAGGCCAUCUGCCCUGAUCUCUCCUCCUCACCUCUGGGGACAUUCAGUCAGCUGUGCCUCAAGUGGAUGCUGGCAAGUGGCUCUGAGGGUCAGAACGGUAUUGUCACAGGUGCUCUUCGCCAGGCCUCUCUUAAACCUCCCUCCUGUUUUCUCUCUCCUGCCUUUCUUAAAAAAUUAUUUAUUUAUUUGAAAAGCAGAGUUACAGAGAGACAGAGGCAGAGAGGGGAAGAGAGAGAGAGAGAGAGUCUUCCAUCUACUGGUUCACUUCCUAGAUGGCCACAAAGGCUGGAGCUGCUCCAAUCUGAAGCCAGGAGCCAGGCGCUUCUUCCGGGUCUCCCACGUGGGUGCAGGGGCUCAAGGACUUGGGGCAUCUUUCACUGUCUUCCCAGGACAUAGCAGAGAGUAGGAUUAGAAAUGGAGCAGGUAAGACUCGAGCCAGUACCCAUAUGGGAUGCUGGCACUGCAGGCAGUGGCUUUACCCAUUAAGCCACAGUGCUGGCGCCUCUCAUGCCUUUCUUGAUACCCCUCCCCACCACACACAAACCUCUCCCUUUGCAGUGGGCUCCUCUUUCUUUCUACUCUGCUGUCUCCAUCUUGCGUGGAGCUCUGGCCUCCUAUCUACCAGCAGGUGGCCUGACUGAUACUCAGCAUGAGCUGUGGAACCCUGCCUGACGCAGCUGGAAGUCUGCCUACAAGUGAAAAUGCUGAUGGACUGCUUCAGAGCACAUGAGCCCCGCUGUGUGGACCACACUCAGCAAGGGGGCCUGACCACGGGCUCAGGAACUGAAGACUCACUUCUCCACUUUGGUCUCACACUAAUUUGGUUCAGCUGGUUUCCUCCAUCUGUUCAGUCUUCUGUAUAAGACAGGGACAAAUGGACAAAGAUACCAAGGAGGGGCCCCUGGAAAUUGGAAAAAAAAAAAAAACAAAAAAACAAAAAACAAAAACAACCUGAGGAUCUCAUUCAAAAAGCAGCUCAAGGUGAUCAUUCUUUUUAAAAGAUUUAUUUUACUGAUUUGAAAGAUAGUUACAGAGAGAGGUAGAGACAGAGAGAGAGGUCUUCCAUCUGCUGGUUCACUCCUGAAAUGUCUGCAGUGGCCGGAGCUGAGCCAAUCUGAAGCCAGGAGCCAGGAGCUUCUUCCAGGUCUCCUAUUCAGGUGCAGGGGUGCAGGGACUUGGGCCAUCCUCUACGGCUAUCCCAGGCCACAGCAGAGAACUGUAUCGGAAGAGGAGCAGUCAGGACUAGAAUUGGCACCCCUAUGGGAUGCCGGCGCUUUAGGCCAGGUCUUUAACCCACUGCGCCACAGCACUGGCCCCAGGGUGAACUUUUAAUACAACUUUUAAGACACCACUUGGGAUGCCUGUAUCCCAUAGGAGAGUGCCUGGUUCAAGUCCUGGCUCUACUUCCAAUUCCAGCCCUGCAAUGCACACCCUGGAAGGCAGCAGGCAAUCACUCAAGUACUUGGAUCCCUGCCAUCCAUGUGGGUCAUGCAAGCUGAGUUCUGGGCUCCUGGCUUUGGCCUGGCCUACCCCCACCUGUUAUGGACAUUUGCGGAGUAAACCUGCAGAGAGAAUAUCUAUAUAUCUUGGUCUCUGUCUCUCUUUCAGAUAAAUGAAAAUACAUAAAAAUUUACAAAACAUUCUCUUGGGAGGCAUGAAGAUGCCAAAUGUAUUCAGGAGGAGCUGUGAAAUGGGGAACACGAUAGGAAAGAAGUAAAAGCUCAAAGUGAGUUAUUUCGAUGAGGAAGUGGGUUAUCUCCAGUCUCUGAGGUCCUUGAAGAAACAGCAAAACAUUCUUUUCUUGGUUUUGGGCUAAGGAUGGCUGUCAAAGAACUUCCUUUGCUAGCACUUUCUGUGGAUCUGGCUUGUCCAUUCUGAUGUGUUGAGAAGCAGGGGCUUGUGGAGGUACAGGCAUGAAAACAGAGGGCUUCCUUGAGCUCAGACACUCAGGUCCUCUGCAGGUCCACCGUGUUUGUUGUGCCAAAGGUGGACUACUCAGAUGUUAGUCUUUUUUUCACGCAGAUGACUAGUGAAUGUUGAUGAGGACCAGGGUCUGAUACCCAAGGUUCCUUCUUACAGAUGGUGAUUUCCAGUGUUAAGCAUCUUUGCUCAAGUGAGCCAUGGUUGCUUGUUGAAUGUGUCCUAUUGUUCAUGCUUAUGGAGGUAAAAAGGAUUAAGAGAAGAUCUGUAGAGUGGAUUGUGUCCCCUGUAGAGUCUGGAAAGAGAAUCGCCCCAGGGCUCCUUUGUCUGGAAUGUGGAAGGCGACUUAUCCUAUUCACUAAGUCUCCUUCAGGAGAAUGUGCGAGGGGGUGGGUCACAGGUGUCCUUCCUGUAGUCUUUGCUGGCUUUGGGUCUAGUGGACCUGGGCAACACAGUAGGAGCUGGUGGGGAUAGGGAUGGUGUGGAAAGGAAAGGCACUGGUGGCGGAAAUGGGGUUGUCCACCUCCUAAGGCCUGCACUAGAGGGAGGCACGAACCAGACCCUCACCCAGUGAAGCAAAGGGACCGAUUCAGCAGGCGCCUUAAGAAGAGGUGCUUUUGCUUCUGAUGGGCCUCAUUUCAGAAGGACUCUCCUUCAAGUACCACUUUUUUUUUUUUUUUAGGAUUUAUUGUAUUUACUUGAAAGGCAGAUUUACAGAGAGAGAGAUAGAGACAGAGAUCUUCCUUCUGCUGGUUCACUCCGCAAAUGGCUGCAACGGCCAGAGCUGCACCAAUCUGAAGCCAGGAGCCAGGAGGUUCUUCUGGGCCUCCCACAUGGGUGCAGGGGUCCAGGGACUUGGGCCAUCUUCUGCUGCUUUCCCCGGCCAUUAGCAGAGUGCUGGAUGGGAAGUGGAGUAGCUGGGAUUUGAACCGGCAUCCAUAUGGGAUGCUGGCACCGCAGGUCAGGGCUUUAUCCUCUGAGCCACAGCGCCAGCCCCAAGGAUCACUUUUAUAAUCUUGCUAGCUGCAGGAGCAUCAUUCCCUCCUGUUGGUGUCGCUGGAAAUGGAACGGGGUGGAUGCAGACCAUCCUGGGACCCACAUCCCUCAGACAGUGUCAGGGACGUCCUGAAAAAAGGGCUGUACCUUACCUGUGAAUUGCUGUGUACAUGUGUGAAUGCUUUUCACGAGAAUGGAUAUUGUGGUAAGAUAAAUAAGUCUGUUUUGUGUUUUUGAACACACAGUUUACAAAGACUUCUAAGUUCAACUAUUUUAAUCCCAAAAUAGUCCUUUAGGUCAGCCUAGCAGACACUGUUCUCAACACUGCAGAAACUGGUCUAAAACCCACCCACACCACUAAUAAGUUGCUGAGCCAACAGAUAAACCCAGGAGUUCCAUUAAAAUUCAAGUUCAAGGUUCUGAGGUAUUGCUGAACUGAGCAAGAGCCAGCCUGCGCCUCUGGACACCCCUGAUGCCAGCUGCCCUUUGUAACAGGAAAAGUCAAGUCUGGUAGGAGCCCGAGGACGUGGAGAAGUACUGGACACAAAAUCACUGGGAAAUUCCACUCGAUGUCCACAUUUGCAACUUCUUGAGUAAGUUGAAUUGUCACAGGAAGGCCCGGCACCUUCUGGAAACAUUUCUCAAGCCGUGUUACAUCACCAGUGCUCCCAAGGCCAGGAGGGCGAUCCACGUGUGGAAGCCCAGUACUGAGCGGGGGACAGCAGUUGGAGGUGGCCCAGGAAGGUGGCCGUGAAGAAAGCCAUCUGGCCAUGUGCACGGAGGAGUGAGCUCGUCACAUGAUGACCUGCCCUGAGUCCACUCAGACUCCCGCUGCUCACGGGCCUCCUCCAGAAUCCAAAUGACCCCCGAGGGACUCAGAAACCAUCUCCUGUUGCUCUCUCUGCUUCUCGGCCCACACUGUAGCUCCCUGCUCCGCACCCCUGUUCCCGCGUCCACUUCUGCGGGCCAAGGGUCCUUUGGCAAUGACACAGCUCCUGGGUAGGAGGCAGCAGCUCGCCCUUUCCUUGCAGACCAGCUCCCUUAACCCGGGAUGCUUGCUGCUGCCCCAGCUCCUCAGCCUGUUUCUUCCCAAAGAACACGGGUGCACUGGAGAGUGCCCUGCUGCCUGGGGAGGCUCGCCGCCAGUUCCUCAGCUCCAGUCCUAACGGGGAGUCCCUCCGCUUCGCAGUGCCCGGGCCUGGGGCAGGAGACGCGUGCAGCAGACUGACAGAUCAACCUGACGUCCCUCACAGACCAAUCCUGGCGUCUCUCACAGACCCACCCUCACACAGACCACUCCUGACAUCUGUCACAGAUCAACCUGACGUCUCUCAGGGUUCCAGCCUGUGCUCAGGCCCAGAAUAGGCGCACUGCCAAGAAGAACCUCAGGAAAGGGGCCAGCCCCAAGCGGGCCUGACAUCGACUCCCCCGAGGAAGCCCCGUCAGAUGUCCUCGUCCUUUGCUCUCCGAUGCAUCCCCUGGGCUAAAGCACAUCCGUCCUUCCAUGGCGGUGCCUCGCCCCUGAGCCAUGCGAGGACAAGUGUCAGAAGAAGGAACACCACAAGCCGGACCCCUGCAGUCCUUUUCCAGCCCUCACACGGGUCACAGAGCCUCUCCUUCAGUCCUGAGGCGGGGUCCCUGCCACUCUCCAUUUCUGCAGCCAUGGGCCUGGGUGGGGGAGGGGAGCCUCCUUGUCUACUCACUGGGGGUCAGCCCCAGGGAGGUACAAAGGAGGCCCAGCCAAUGGGAGGCAGCACUUUCCAGUCUCUCACCCUGGCCUUGUCCCCACCCAGUCCCUGCCGGCCCUUUGAGGAGCUUCUAGUGGAAAUGAGCUCAGAGCAAUGGAGGCCCCAGGCUCGGGGCCCGGCCCCUCCCCUCGCUCUUUCAUGCUGCCUUCUCUCUGCCUUCGUCCCCGGCAGUGGGCUUUCUCCAGUCCUCCCACCCCAAGUGCCCAUUCGGCCCUCACGUGCCCCUCCCUUCCGGCUUCAAGCCCUGACUCCCAGUUCCCACGUGCCCCGUUCGUUCCAUUCCUCUCAUCCCCUGGACUUGCAAGCAGCGGGAGGGAGAGAGCCCCCGCAGGAGUGACGCUCACGCCCCUCCCGCCUCCCUCCCCAGCGGGCACAGAUCCCCUGGCAAAGGCAGGUGGCAGAGCUGGUGACAGCAGCUGCUCUCGGGCUCCUCUCCUUGCCCUGUGCUGGCUGGGCUGCCGGGCCUUGGCUCCCUCUUUCUCCAGGUGAGAGGGGCACCUGGGUUCAGGUCCCUCCUGCUCCCAUGGAUGCCACAGAAAGUCCCCAGGGACAGGAGCAGCAAAAGUCGGCAAGGGAAGCCUGGGACAACCCCGCCUAUAGUGGUCCCCCUUCACCUCAUGGGACGCUGAGGAUUUGCACCAUCUCCAAUCCAGUGACGCCCCAACCCCAACCCACGAAGCCUGGGGAUGGCCCCCAGGAAAAGGCUCCCAAGACCCUGGUGUCCAGCUGCUGCCUGCGGGUCCUCCAUGCCAUCAGAGGACUCUGGGGAACCACCCUGACUGAGGACACAGCUGAGAACCGGGAGCUGUACGUGAAGACCACGCUGCGGGAGCUGCUAGUGUACAUCGUGUUCCUGGCGGACGUCUGUCUCUUGACCUAUGGAAUGACAAGCUCCAGUGCCUAUUACUACACCAAGGUCAUGUCAGAGCUCUUCUUACAUACGCCAGCAGACACUGGAGUCUCCUUCCAAGCCAUCAGCAGCAUGGCAGACUUCUGGGAUUUUGCCCAGGGCCCACUACUGGACAGCUUGUACUGGACCAAAUGGUACAACAACCGAAGCCUGGGCCAUGGCUCCCACUCCUUCAUCUACUACGAGAACAUGCUGCUGGGUGUUCCGAGGCUGCGGCAGCUGCGGGUCCGCAAUGACUCCUGUGUGGUGCAUGAGGACUUCCGUGAGGACAUUUUGAGCUGCUAUGAUGUCUACUCUGCUGACAAAGAGGAGCAACUCCCCUUUGGACCCCUUAACGGCACAGCGUGGACGUACCACUCGCAGGAUGAGCUGGGGGGCUCCUCCCACUGGGGCAAGCUCACAAGCUACAGUGGAGGUGGCUACUACUUGGACCUUCCACGAUCCCGACAGGCCAGUGCAGAAGUGCUCCGUGACCUUCAGGAGGGGCUGUGGCUGGACAGGGGCACUCGGGUGGUCUUCAUCGACUUCUCAGUCUACAAUGCCAACAUCAAUCUCUUCUGUGUUCUGAGGUGCUCCCUUCCCCUACUGCACCCUCUGUGCACGGUUCCUGGUUCUUUCCUCCUAUGCUUGAGACCCUUCCCCAAACUUGUGACCUACAGUGGGAGGGGGAGGAGAGGAGGUCAAAGAACUAUCCCAGCCCAGGCUCCACUAGACACCCCCCUCUCCGCCAGACUGGUGGUGGAGUUUCCAGCCACAGGAGGUGCCAUCCCAUCCUGGCAAAUCCGCACGGUUAAGCUGAUCCGCUACGUCAGCAACUGGGACUUCGUCGUUGUUGGCUGUGAGGUCGUCUUCUGCAUCUUCAUCAUCUACUACGUGGUGGAGGAGAUCCUGGAGCUCCACAUCCACCGGCUCCGCUACCUCCACAGCAUCUGGAAUGUUCUGGACCUCUUGGUCAUCUUGCUCUCCAUCAUGGCCGUGGGCUUCCACGUAUUCCGAACCCUGGAGGUGAACCGGCUGAUGGGGAAGCUCCUGCAACAGCCGAACACGUACGCGGACUUUGAGUUCCUCGCCUUCUGGCAGACACAGUACAACAACAUGAACGCUGUCAACCUCUUCUUUGCCUGGAUCAAGGUAUUCAAGUACAUCAGCUUCAACAAAACCAUGACCCAGCUCUCCUCCACCCUGGCCCGCUGUGCCAAGGACAUCCUGGGCUUCGCUGUCAUGUUCUUCAUCGUUUUCUUCGCCUACGCCCAGCUCGGCUACUUGCUUUUCGGGACCCAAGUGGAAAACUUCAGCACUUUCAUCAAGUGCAUUUUCACUCAGUUCCGGAUAAUCCUUGGGGACUUUGACUAUAAUGCUAUCGACAAUGCCAACCGCAUCCUGGGCCCUGUCUACUUCGUCACCUACGUCUUCUUCGUCUUCUUUGUGCUUCUGAACAUGUUCCUGGCUAUCAUCAAUGACACAUACUCUGAGGUCAAGGAGGAGCUGGCUGGACAGAAGGAUGAGCUGCAGCUUUCCGACCUCCUGAAACAGGGCUAUAACAAGACCCUGCAAAGGCUGCGUCUGAGGAAGGAGCAGGUUUCUGAUGUGCAGAAGGUUCUGGAUGGGGAGCAGGAGAUCCAGUUUGAGGAUUUUACUAACACCUUGUGGCACUUGGGGCACACAGAGCGUGAGAUCACUGAGCUCACGACCGCCUUCACCAGGUGUGACCGAGAUGGCAACCGUGUCCUGGAUGGGAAGGAACAGGAAGAAAUGCGCCAGGACCUGCACGAGGCCAAGGUGGCCCUCAAUGCUGAGCUUGAGAACUUGGGCCAGUCCAUUGUGAAUAUCCCAUCAGGCAAGCCAGAUCCAGAGGCUGAGAGAGCAGGAGGCUGGAUUUCAGAAGAAAAAUUCUACAUGCUCACAAGGAGAGUUCUGCAGCUGGAGACUGUCCUAGAAGGAAUUGCAUCCCAGGUAGAUGCUGUGGGCACACGGCUGAAGAUGCUGGAGAGGAAGGGGCAGCUAGCUCCCUCCCCAGGCGUGCAGGAGGAGCAAGCUACCUGGGCACACUUGAAGUCAGCCCCAGCUGUGACCCCAGUGCCCUGGGGUGUCCAGGAGAGAGGUGGAGGGAGCCCCUAAAGCUUCAGACAGCAGGCUCCUCUCUGCCUCCCCAGAGGCCCCUCUCUACACACCCUCCACGUCCAGGGCCAUAGGCCCCAUCAUGGCUGCUGCCAAGUCCCAUCCUGCAUCUGGCCUUUUGAACCAAUGUUUGUGUGUAUAGCAGGGUAUCAUGCUUAGGCUUGUGACUCGGUGUUUCUGUAUGUAGCCGCACAGCUCUGUGACAUAACUCUUCUCACUGGGCUUCUUAUUCGCUAUGUACUUAUUAGCUCUACUGUGGUGACAAAAAAAAUAUCAAUAAUAUGCAGGAUAAAAGGGAGAGGAAAGACUCUCCCUAAGCACCUGAGUAGCCAUGAUCUGUGAAAAAGGUAGAAGCCAAGGAAAGUAGGCAGUGUCUAGAUGUCUUCUUACGUGCUAGGAAAACUGAUCCUCUGUGCAUCUAGACAUAUGCUGCUAGAGCCCAUGGAUUUCUUGUCUUCCCCCAUAGAAUUUCCCUGUAAAAGAGAAGGGGAAGCCUUAAGAUUCUAACAAGACUCCCAUGUUGUACAGGAGUGAGUGGCACAUUUCUAGAGUAAAGUCAACAAUGGUUCUUUGGGAAUAGACAGCUUCUUGGCAUUCCACAAACACUGGGCACUGAAGGGGCAGCAAACCAGGAGCCCGAAGGGAAACAGGCCAGGAAAUGACCUCGGCGUUCAGAGAUGUUUGGAUAAAAACAUGGUGGACUAUGGCUCUAUUCUUCCAUAGGAAAAAGUGGGUUUCCCUGGUGAUUAUCAAUAAAACUCCUUUGGAAAACCA